CUCCAUGGAGAACGAAAGAGACGCCGAAACGCCAAAAAGAAACGGCCGCCGCCGGUUGGUACUCUUUCCACUUCCUUUUCAAGGCCACAUAAACCCAAUGCUUCAGCUCGCAAACAUCCUUCACUCCAAUGGCUUUUCCAUAACCAUCAUCCACACCACCUUCAACUUCCCCAACCCUUCCAACCAUCCUCACUUCACCUUCGUCCCCAUCUCCGACGGCUUGUCUGAAACUGAAGCUUCAAACCCAGAUCUCAUUGCUCUGCUCUCUGUCCUUAACCUCAAAUGCGUUAAGCCAUUUGAAGAUUGCUUGGCUAAGUUAUUAGCAGAUGUCUCUGAGGAGCCCAUUACUUGCUUGAUCUCAGAUGCUAUCUUACCCUUCACCAGGGCAGUUGCUGAGAGACUUAAGCUUCCAAGGAUUGUGUUGAGAACUGGUGGUGUUUCUUCCUUUGUGGUUUUUGCUGCCUACCCAAUUCUUCUCGAAAAGGGUCAUAUCCCCAUUCGAGAUUCUCGACUAGAAGAGUUAGUUCCAGAGCUUCCUCCCCUUAGAAUCAAAGACCUUCCAGUAAUCAAGACGAGUAAUCCAGAGGCGCUUUAUGAAGUAGUUAAUAGCAUGGUCAAAGAAACCAAGGCUUCUUCAGGGCUCAUUUGGAACUCUUUCGAAGAACUAGAACAACCAGCACUAAAUGCACUUCGUCAAGACUUUCCCAUUCCUAUCUUCCCUAUAGGUCCAUUUCACAAACACUUCCCAACUUCUUCAAGCAGCUUAAUAAAAGAAGACCAAAGUUCCAUCUCCUGGCUAAACAUGCAAGAACCCAAUUCCGUAAUCUAUGUGAGUUUUGGAAGCAUCGCGGCCAUAGACAAAACAGAAUUCUUGGAGAUAGCUUGGGGUUUAGCUAAUAGCAAGCGCCCUUUCUUGUGGGUGGUUCGGCCUGGGUUGAUCCGUGGCUCAUAUUGGCUUGAACCAUUGCCAAAUGGGUUUCUUGAGAAUUUGGAAGGAAGAGGACAUAUUGUUCAAUGGGCUCCUCAACAAGAAGUUCUUUGCCAUCCUGCUGUGGGAGCCUUUUGGACUCAUAAUGGAUGGAAUUCAACAAUGGAGAGUGUUUGUGAAGGGGUUCCAAUGAUUUGUAUGCCCUGUUUCACUGAUCAACUUGUGAAUGCGAGAUAUGUGAGCAAUGUCUGGAGAGUUGGGGUGCAAUUGGAGAAUGGAUUGGAGAGAGGGAAGAUUGAGAAGGCCAUUGGAAGACUAAUGGAGGAUAAAGAGAUGAGAGGUAGGGCUUUACAGUGGAAGGAGAAGGCAAAUCUUAGUCUAAGGCAGGGUGGCUCAUCAUACCAAUCUCUACAGUGUUUAAUAAGUUACAUCUCAACAUUCUGAUUUUUGAAAAUUUUGUAUUCUAAAACUCCUUGGUUCUUGCCAACUUCAUAUGCAUCCUUUAUUGGGUAGUAACAACCUUCAAGCAGAG